ACAUUGCUCUGUGGCUGAUUUCGUGUUUUGACUUUACGGUUAUGACAGGAGUGAAAAUGUUUUUAGUUUGUUGAUUUUGGGUGAUAACAAUACAAAAAAUUGAUAUUAUGAUCAUGUUUACAAUUUUCAUUAAAACUUCAUGUAUUGAUUGAAUUAAGAUUUCUGAGUGAUUUAUUAUAGAAAUGAAUCCGUGAUUCAGAUUCUUACAGUGCUCUCCAGUUAGUCGAUGACAGUGUUAUAAUAAAGUAAAAUAACAUGGAAAAUUCACACGAAAUGCAGGCCACAUUGUCAAACAACGCUGUUGAUAAAGGUCCAAGUUUAACUUCAGAGGGUGAACUUUUGAAAAGAAUAAAGGAAUUGGAAGAUGAAAAACAAAAAUCUCAUGAAGAGUUUGGUCAUCAACGAGCAAAGAUGAAAGAACUUUAUUUGCAAAAAGAUGUGGAACUGAGGCACGUGCUGGAGGAGAAGGAGCAGCUGCAGACGCGCGUCAAGAGCCUCAGCCUGGAGCUGGACGAGGCCAAGAGCCAGCUGGUGGUGGAGCGGUACCGCUCGGAGCAGGACGCGGGCGAGGAGAGGAGGAGGUUCCGGCAGGAGACCGCGUCCCUCCAGCAGCUCAUUCGAGAGACGAUCGAGGAGUCGAGCCGCCACGCGAGCGAGCUGGAGCAACUGCGUGCAGCCAACAGGCGGCUGGAGGCAGAGGUCCAGGAGAUGCGCGCGCACACAUCCACGGACCGCGACUCCCCCCUGCUCGCCCCCGCCGCCACCCUCUCCGCCAUGACCAAGACGCUGGCCCGGAAGGUGGCCAGCCAGCUUGGGGCCGAUCCCUCCGCCCCUUCCCAAGACAGCCUCGAAGACAGUAUGCGGAAGGUAAACAAAUAUGCACAAGAGGACGCAGAGGUGUUGCGCUCCCUGGUCGUGCCUCUGGAGGAAGAAAUCCAGGCCCUGAAAGACAAGUUGCGACACACCGACCAGCAGUUGAGGAAGUUCGAAGACAGCCAGGAUCAUCGGGUAAAAUGUGGAGAGAAUGAAGUACAAGUGUGUAUAGAUAAUGAUCUGGACCAAGUGGAAAGCCAUAGCUUUACAAAUGUGGACUCUCCUGCGAAAGUGAAAUCUGGUGACGGGGAGAACCAAGAGGACAGCUGCCCCGACGUUGAAGAGCAUCUGUCCCAGGACGUAACUGCAAGUCCUUCUCCUGUUGCGAGCUUGCCUCCAGCUGUGAUUGCAGUGACGGAGAACGAUGACAAAUCUAUCGAAGAUGCAAGUACAGUAUUAGAAGUAAAGGAUGUGUCUGCAGAUGAGGAUAAGACGGAGGCAACAUGUGAUAUGUGUUUGAAUUAUGAAACACAGCUGGUGAAAGCACAGCAACACACCAAAGAACUAGAGAAACAGUUAGCAGCCAUGGAACGCACCUGUGAACGCUUUCGAGAAGACCUAGUCACGGAAUCCACCUUUCGCAAAGAAAUGGAGGAAAAGUGGAAUGAAAAAAGAGAGGAGCACAAAGCCAGGGUAGCGGAGCUGAAGCAGCAGGUGGCGGAUGCGGAGAGCGUGCUGACGGAUCUGCGACAGGUGUUCAAGCAGGUGCAAGUGGACAUCAAAGAGAAGCUCCUCAGCCUGACCCAGCAGCGAGAGCAGGUCCAGGAACAGCUCACCAGGCUUCAGAAGGAGAACGAUAAUUUGAUUGGAAAGCAUAGUAUGAAUUCUGAAGAGCUGCAAGACCAGGAGAUAAACUUUCCAAAUACAGUAGAAGAGCUUCACGAGAUGCUGCUGGCGUACCGCGACGAGCUGAUCAAGGCCAAAGUGGCCAAGGAGGUGAAGGAGGAGCAGGAGCGGACGCUCCAGUGCGAAGUGCAGCUGCUGAGGGCGCAGAUGAAUGCGGAGCAGGAGGGCCGGGUCAGCAUGGAGGACAGCCUCACCGCCGAGCUCGAUUCCCUCAAGACACACUUGCAUCAGUUGGAGCGUGAAAACCACACUCAGCAGGAUUCUUUGGAGAAGCUAGAACUGACAGUUACCAGGCACCAAGAAACAAUAGCCAAUCUCAAGUUCCAGUUGGAGGAAGCUCUCAGAGCUAAGAAGCAGUUGGAAGACACUGUGGCAGACCUGCGCAGCCGAGUGGGCUCUCUGCAGCAAGAGCUGGACAACAGCGAAGCGGUCCAGAAGGACUUUGUGAGGCUGUCGCAGUCGCUGCAGGUGCAGCUGGAGAGGAUACGGGACACGGACACGGAGGUGCGGUGGCAGCACGACGACGACAUCGAGGACUGCCAGAACUGUCGGACUCCGUUCACAGUCUCCCGGAGGAAGCAACACUGCCGACACUGCGGGAGGAUCUUCUGCGGUAACUGCCUGUCGCACAGCGUGCAGAGCGGGCCGAACCAGCGCCCGUCGAGGGUGUGCGACGUGUGCCACACUUUGCUGGUGCGGAACACUGCGCCCUACUUCAGCACGGAGCCGCCGCACACGCCGGACUGAGCUGUUCUCUGCCGCGGUCCUUCUCCGAGGGCUUGUCUGCUGCGCCCCAGCAAUACUAACGAAUUCCGGCAACAAGCAUUCAUCGAACAUGAAAUUAUUUUGCGUACAAAUUUUCUGAAGCGGGAAAGAAAUUGUCCUCUUAAGUCAUUUUACUCACGUGAAUUAGUGUGGACUUUUUUUUCUUCUUUCUUUCGAGUUACAACAAGCACAAUCAAACAUGUAAGAAUGAUAACUGUUAGGUAGCUAAUAUCUAAAAAAAAAUUACAUGUUGAAUGAAUAUUGUACAGUCAGUGUGAAUAGCUACUGCUUCAGAGAGCGUUUAUUGUACAUUGAGAAGAGAAAAACCUUAUGUUUUGACAACUAUGAACUUGUAUAUGAUCAGCUUAAAAAUUAUAUAGUAACAACCGUCAUGGGAAGGCCUGUGGUAUAGCAGAAGUAAAAAUGAAUUUGUUCUUUAGGCCAUAACCGAAUGAAUGAUAAUAUUUUGAAAUUAAUUUCCACCUGCAUUUUCAUUAUCAUUGAGAAUGGUUACUUUGCAAGCAGGAAUAUUAAAAGUGGAAUUUAAUAUUUUCUUAGUACUAGUAUCAUGUUUGAUAUCAGAAUCUUUAUGAUGUUGGAAUUAUGCCUGUGUUUUUUUUUUUUUUUUUUAUCUGUUGGUUUGAGCCCAGUUAGAUUCUUCUUUGAAACCUUACAUUUCAUUUCUUGCAAGUAUGUACGUUUUUUUUGUAUGCACGUCUCUGUAGCAUUUGUGCAUGCACAUUUUUUAUGUGGACAAGUGCACUUGACUUUUUUUUAUAUAUUGCUUCCAGCAUUUUCCUUUGCUAGAUUUUCCAUCUUACAAUUUAUUGCAGCUGGUGACCAAAUCCCUGUGGGAAUAAGUUUUGUCAAAUCCAUUUCUAUUUAUCUCUUUCAAAGUUUUGGGAACUAUUAUGCAAAGCCUGCGUUGUUUUGGCUGUCUCGUUUAUUAACAUCUCACUUAUUUGGAUGUGCCUUUAUUUUCUUGACUGACUUUCACUCCAUCAUAUAUUUUUUCCCUUGAAGUAGCAGUAGUAUGUCUUAAUUUCAAAUAUAGCUUUCUUUUGCUAGGUACUUGAUAUGUUAAUAUUCAAAUACACAUUAAUUUCACUCUUUUCGCACUUUUAUGCAUUUAUGACAAAAUAUUUUCUCUGCAUUUUUUUUUUGUGUAGCUAAUCACCAAUUUACAGCAUCCAGAAAAACAAGGGUGGUUUUUGUUCUAACAAGCAGUGUUAUCUGAUAUCUUUAUAUACAUACAUGUCUCUCGGUACAAGAGAAUUGAGUACCUGCAUGUGCCCAUCUUUUAUUAAGUUAUUAGAAGCAAACCUGGCUAAUUAUCUCAAAUCUAUUAAGGUACAGUAAUUUGUUUGCAUAAAAUGUAAAGUAGUGUAUGACAAAGCAAGAUGUCUUCAUUUAGUGAAAUAAGAAGGCCUGGAUCAUUAUGUAAAUGUAAUAUGCUCAUAGGUUUUUUUUUGUGUCAUCUGCUAUUAUUUUAUUUUAAUUUUCACUUUUCAUCAAAAUUUUUAUUUUAUUCAUAUAAAUUUUUUAAAUGCAUGUAAAUUGAUUUCAGACAUUAUAUUUGUUUGCCGACAGUCUCAUUUGAUUAAAUACUGCUGCAGUUAUAUGUAUGUAGUGAAGGGUGAGUUUUUAAGGUUUUUAAAGCAUGCACCCAGUUAUCACCAUGUUGUUGUAUGUAGUUUUUUGCUCUUUCUCUGUACACCUUUUUGAACUGUUAAGCUAACUAUUUUCUUUGUUUACUAUGAGUAUGUUAUUACAUAUGUAUUAAAAUUUUAAAAUUAAUAUUCUUUGCUGUUUACUGCUUUUUCGGUAACAGCAUAGCCAGUUCCUGACUUAUGAAUCUACAAUUUGUGAUGUAAUUAAAUUAUUUUAGUUUGUUGAAAGUUUAACUAAAGUUUAUUUUUUGUGCCAUUUCUGUGAAUCAUUGUACCCAGUUAUUGAUAUAUAAUGAUCAAUAAGUAAACAAAAUGAUGAGUUCUAUAUUUAUAUUGAUUGAUCUUUGAUGGUAGUUUGUACAGGUACCUACAGUUAUCACUCUAAGACUAUCAAUGGUGCUGUGUUUAUUUCUGUUGUUGCUUUUUUGUUUUGUUAUUUAUCCUACUUUCAGAUGAGAUAAAUUUAUGUACAGUGGUAAA